UUUAGCUUUACUUGAGCAUUUAUGAGUAUUGUUCAAUUCUUCUCUUCAUGGCAAAUAAUAUGUCUUCUGUGGUCUUUGAUUUCAUUAUUUUGUUCUUAUAUUUGGAUUAAAUCCUGACUCUUCCUCAUGUCCUUUUCAUGAAAUUUCACACAGUACUGCAAUACUUUUUACUUAUUUGACAUUGUAAAACUUUUGGGGUUGGUUUUGGCAACAAUGGCAGCAGAUUACACUGUCUUCUUUUUUUUUGUCUCAGCAUGUAUAUUCCUCUGUUUUUAUUUCAGGAUAAACAUCAUUUUUGACUAUUUUAUCAAACACACACUCCUGCUUAUAUUCACAUUCAUAUUCUUGCUCAGUCAAGUUGUACCUACUCACUCAUUUGCUAAACACCUAUUUUUACUCAUACAUCUACCCACACACUUUAGUUAACACCCAUACUCUAUCAAUCACAUUUACAAUGUAUAAAGUGGAACAACUUAAUAUUCUAUUGCUGUUGAAAAAAUAACAGUAAUUAUACAUAUUAUUAGGAGAGUUGGAGGGAAUGUUCUUUAUAACUUAGUUUUAUUUUGGUGAUUUAGGAAAAACACUUUCUUCAUACAAUCAUUUAAAUGACUGAAAUGAGGGAAAACCCUUGCAUCCUGCUGAUAUAGUGAAUGGAGAUUUCAGGAGGGAAAAUACUUCUUUUAAAAACUCACUCAUUCACUACACAGUUAUUUAGGUAGAUAUAAGGCAUUAUGUAUGAGUAAUAUUAGGUGACUCACUGGUAUGAAAUUCGCGUUCACAGACUGCGCUAGGGCGGCACGUCAACAACCACUUCAGCACAGCAGCGACCACUCCCUCGCCACGGCCUCCUACACAACCAUCACCCACAAAACUAAUUAGGAAGAAUGGACGAAAAUGCAGAUAUAGAAAAAAGCCUUGGUCAGACUCAAGGGCUAAAGUUCCUGUCCCUGCCCGUAUGUUUGAUGUGUUUGAUGUGGGUGUCAUGGAGUGUCUACAGUGGAGGCUGAUGUGUGUAGCACAAAAACAGAAUGGAGGUGUCGCGCACUCUCCGGGUCAUUCCUUCGUCGUCAAGCCUCAGGUUCUUGCAAGACGUACUUGUACAAAGGGAAUUAAUGAGGCUUUAGUUAGAUGGUAUCCCCCGGGAGUUUUACCUGACGAGUGGGUAGCAGUGGAUAAACUUGAGGCAGCAAGAACUGUACCCCUAGAACAGAUGUCCCCUGAAGCCAAACAGGUUGUCUCUCGUUUAUGUUACCCAAGUUUAGCACCGCCUAUAAAACACAGGCGCAAGCGCCCUGCGUGUCCAAAAUCUUUACCUUUAGAGCUGUCAAAAGCUGUCUGAGCUUAGGGAUGUUUUUUUUUUAUUAUAACUUUUUCUUUUCUUUUUUUUUUCUUUUUUUUUUUUUUUUUAGACAAAAAUAGGUCAUGAUCUCAUUCCAAUACGGAGUAACACAUUUUGUGUGUGUGUGUGUGGUGUGAGCAUUCCCCCUGGUGUUGUGUUAGAGGGAAGCUGUAGUGCCCUUUGUUGGAGCUCAGAACAUUGAAAUUUAUUAUGGAUUAUGCCAAUCCAAGUGAAUGGACCAAAUAUUGGACCAAAAAAAAAAAAAAAAAAAGAUUAAAAAAAAAAAGAUAAUGUGCUAACUAGAAAAGGAGCAUGUAUCUGUGUGUACAGUUGAUGGUGUAUAUUUGUAAAUAGUGUGAGAGUUGAACAACCAGCAUAGUUUGUCCACUGCCAGGAGCUCUUAUACUAUUACUGUGUCUGUAAGGGUCAUAAGACCAGUGUUAGGGUAUUAUGUAUCAGCCUUGUGAGCCAACAUUGCUGCUCCCACAAGAUUUAUGGCAUCUUUCCACACCACUGAAGUGAUUUUUAUAUAUCCUACUUUUAUUUAUUAUUAUAACUUUUCAAUAUGUGAAUAUUCGAGUUUACUCUACUGAGCAUUUCCAGCUGCUGAGUCACUGCAUUACCAUGUUUUUAUGUGAUAUUGAUCCUUGUAUGGGAUUAUGUUCUUAUCAGUUUAAAAAAAGGACAGCUGCCAUUUAUCACUGUAGUGGAUUUGCAGUGAAGAUAAGAGGCCACCUGAGAUAACAUCACUGCCAGACAUCAGGAACAUCUAAGCCAGACCAGGCCACUGAAAGCAAAACGGGUGCCCAUUAUGUCUUUGUCUGAUUGUCAGAUACCCCUUAUUACUCUACGGCAAACUUGAACAUGCGUAUUACUUUGCUGUCAGAGUUUAGGAAUCUUGUCUGUUUUUUUUUUCUUUUAUUAUAAUUAUUAUUAUUAUUAUUAUUAUUUUUAAUAUAUUUUAAUUUAAGAUAAAUGUCGAUGUAUGAUUUUUUUUUAAGUCCUUCAAAGUUUGGACAAAAGUGGGGGUCUGGCUGCAGAUGGUUCCGCGUAUGCCAACACUGCCCAGUAAGAUAAGAUUAAUUAUUAUUUUAUUGUAUUUUAUAUUAUUAUCUUAAUGUUUUAUUCUUCUGCUGAUGUUUCCUGUAUGCUGUCUUCAUAGGGUUGUUUUCUUAUGGAAUACCUGAAAGAAGGAUAUUACCUGUCUCUGGUAAUUACAGCUAAAGUUUUUAUGAUCUUUUUUGUAUUGCAUCUUUUUAAAACCUAACAUGUAAUGUGUUAAUAUUAUGUAUUUUCAUUGUUUUAUUUGUUAAUCACUUUCUGUUAUCUUUAGAAUUUCUUUUAUAGUUUCUGUGCUUGAUCAUUCUGUCAUUUACUUCGCAGAAGGUAAUUUGAUAUUUCUAUGAACAUUUUUAGCCUCCCAUAUUGUCGUAGCCCAACAUUGGUGCCAUAUUUUAAAAAGUUUGCCCACCCAUACCCACAUUACAUACCCCGCCUCACCAACAGAUACACAGCAGUUAUGCUCAAUGUGAUCUCUUGUAGGAUGCAGGGACUGUGAACCCUGACCCCAACAUUGAGUUUGGUGGAAGAAAAUUGCAGGCCUGAGUUGGGAAUAAUUUUUAUGGGAAUCGUUUUUUUUUUUUAAUUAGAUUUGAUUGUUGCUGCUAUUUGAUUUUCAUGAAUGUUUCAUUUAUAAGAUUAUUGAUUUUUGAGACCAUGCUAUAAUGAUUUUGAAAAUAUUGCUUUGCUUAUAGUAAUUGAUUUUAAAAUCUAAAAACUAUGACUACCAUCUUUGGCCUAAAUUAUCUUCUACUGGACCAUUAGAAACCUGGUUAGCUCAGCAUAAUGCUGAGCUGCUCCGUUGUACUAGUCACUGUGGGGUGUGUAGGAUUGCUACCUUGUUAUAUGAUAGGCAAUUUUUAUUUCAUUUUAUUUAUUUAUUUUUUUAUUUAAUUUUUUUUCUCCCUCCUUUUUGGGAAGAGCUCUAUCUGAUAGCCAGAAAAAGGUAAGGAUCUCAACUGUUGUUUAGGGGGAAAGAAAAAUGCAGCAUGUUGGUGUUAAUGCGACAAACAGUCGUGGUAGUUAUGGAUCUGCUGUCUCAGGUUCCUUAUGUGAUAUGUAUUACCUCAGCUGUUCUAAAUAGUUUUUUGGACAAAACUUGGGCAUUUUUUACCUACUGAAUCAAACAAGCCACUUGAAUGCUAGUUCCAAUGAAUAUUAGAAUAGAUGAGCUCUUCCUAAGAAUCAAAAUUUUACUUCCUAUUAAACUGUGGUUGUUAUUGGUGCCUGUUUAAGUUUUAAAGUUAAUGACCUGCAACCCUACACACCAUCCCCUCUGCCCGCCCCCUCCCCCUCCCCAUGGGUCCUGCACCUCUGUCAGGCUCACAAUUGCACUCCUGUGCUGAUAUUAAUAUACCUGUUUUCAUAAAAGAUUGAUUCUGGUUAAGAUAAAGGAAUUGCCUUAAUUGUCUGGAAUGCAAACAAAUAUGUUAAACUUUCUACAUAACUGGUUACAAGAAUCAAAUAUGUUUGCCAUUGCACCUCUUGGAUGAUUAUCAAUUGUACAACAUUAUGGCAUAUAUCCAGUUGGCACAUUUUCUGCUGUAUCAGCAGCCUAACCAUUUUGCACAAAAAAAAAGAAAAAAAAUUAUGCAUUUAGAUGAAAAAAUUGCAUCAAUUUUUUCAACCAGUUUUGUUGUGUGCAAUGAGUGUGUGAGAGUGUAGGAUCCCCCUGGACCCACCAGGUACACCUGCAGUAUUCCCAUACGUUGGCAUGUUCAUCGUUUGUUUUAGUACCCUGGGGAUGGCUACAGCCUAUGCCAUAUGCAAAAUAUACAUCCAUUUUCAAGUUUGUUUCAUAUGUUUUAUCCUAACUUGUUAGGAUUAGGUUAUUCUUGUAUUUAUUUAUGUAUUUCUUGACUGUUGCCUUCAGUACAAUGUAACUUAUCUUCUGUCAAUGUCAUGUGUCUACCAUUGACACUACUGCUGUUAUGUUGAUUUUUUGUACUUUUUUAUAUUAUAUACUCACCCUCAGUGUCCAUAGCACAAUGGGAAGCAAGGCAGAUCAGAAAGAAUAGUGUACAGUAUAUUCUUCAUUUUGAUGAAAUAUAGCAGUAAUGGGAUACAAGAAAACAGAUGUAAUAAGUUGCCAAGACAGAUGUGUGAGACAGACGUCAUGAGAUAGGUUUAGAAAACAAAUACUAUCGCAUAUGUAGAAAGACAAGACGUGCCAAGACAGACUUAGUAUGAGAGAUGUUCUAAGCUAGAUAUACUAAGGGAGCUGUAAUAAUAAACAGUUAGCAUUGGUCAGACAGUGGAUGUGGUGUUUGGGCUGUCACAACAUGGGCCAAUUUGAACAUGUUCUGCUUGUGGUAGAUGAUGCCAUUAAUAUGAUGAGGUUGUAUUUUUAGGCAGUACUAAUUGUAAUGACUAAUGUUCAAAUACUAUUUACUUUUUAUUUAUUUAUUACAUUUUUUUCUGUGUAAGUUACAGGGCACAGCUCCUGAUGUACUUAAUUUAGGGGUGCCCCAUAAUGGUUUAAUGAUAUCCGAACAUCACUGUUAAAAAGGGUGGAUAUAUAUCAUGUUUACUGUUGUGUUAAUUGUGUAACAACCAUGCUAGUACUGGUUAAGUUCAGAAUAUCCUCAUUUUUUUGUAAUUUAAAGAAUCAAUAAUUAUUUAUUCCCUUUAUGUUCAGUUCGCUCAAGUACUGUGUAUUGAAAAAUCUUUUUGUGCUCAAUUUAGUUUGAUUCUCAUUAUUAUCUAUGUGGCUGUGUAAUCCCUGAAAGGCCGGGGGUUUGUUACACAAUAGCUAACUUUAUACACAUUAAUGAUAUUGAUACACAUAGUAAUUUAUAGUGGCAGCAGUACAGAAAGUAUUUAGAAUUAUACCAAUCGGGCAACUCAGAAAAAGACAUGUAAUUCAUGAAUUGUACAGUCACUGAUAGUUAAUGAAGGUUGAUCCUUUGGCACAUUUAUGUACAUUUGUAUGUGACUUUAUUUAGAUUUCCAUUAGAUACAUUUAAAGACUGUAGGUAAAUAAAUAAUUGUUUUGUAGUAAAACAAAAAAGACUAAAAAAAAAAAAAAUCAAAGGAACAGUCCAUAUUACCUAUCAUUCUUGGCUGCCAUUAGUUGAAUUGUUGAAAUAUAGCAAAAUUGUUGCCAUAUUGCUACCAGUUAUAAAAUAUUUUCCAUGACUCAUUCCUAGAUCCCAUGACAGAAACUUUCAGACUUUGUUAUGGGAUACUGUCUCAAUACCUCCCCUCCCCCCAUAGUUGUUGAUACACUCAUAACCCUGGCCACAGCAUAUCCAGUGCCUUUCCUCUGCAGUAGGGAACAUAUCACAGCUUCUUAUGUUCAUUUGGGUCCCUACUUGUAUUGUAGGGCUGGAGCAAGUUUAAUACACAUGAAUUUUGGGUGUCAUUGAAAAAUGUAUGUAAGUGUUUUCUAAGUACAGGUCAUCUGUCUCCAAAGCAGGUAUCAUUGCCAAGUAAAAGUAAAGAUGACUAGAAACCUCAAGCAAGAGGCCAUCGGUGCUAGGGACAAGUUGCACCUGUACUCAGAAUUUUAUAUUACAUUGCUGUUUAUGCAUUUUUCAAAGCCCCUUAUCUCAGCACGUCAGCGCCCAGGAGCUGAAGUUAAUGGUAACUGUGUACCAGUUAUUCAUCACAUAUAAUCCAUAAAACAAGAAACAAAAGAAUACAGAAUACUGACCAUUUCCAUGUACCGGUUGUUCAAAAUUCAUCCCAGUAUAUAUGUAUCCCUAAAACUGGAGAUCUCAAACAUUAGAUGGUUUGUUUGAAUGUUUAAUUUUAGUUAUGUCUUGAGUGUCUGUUCCAGAUACCUUUGUUAAUAUAGUGAUACUUGAAACUAGCACUGCCAGUAACAGUCAGGUUAUGGAUUAAUAUUAACACUAAGGAUAUCUGUCGUUAACAAGUGUGCCAGCUACAUAUUCUGCCUAUUAUUGCAAAUGAAACAGCUCUUUUGUGAUGCAAGUUUCUGAUAAUUUUACUCAUCUCAUGGUGCUUGUGGUGUGCAAGGAAAAAAACAUUCCAUUGCAAAGGUGCCCAUGAGGUGCCUUGGAGAUAUGAGAUAAACCAUGCAUUUGAGUUUUAUUCCAACUCAUUUUCAUAGUUCUCAUUAAUUGAAAAAUGUAAAAUGUGCUUAACAGAAAAGGAAAAAAGUUGAGUUAAGCUGCCUGCCUGGGAAGUGUUGAUAAUGUUCAUAUGGAAAUCUGCCAUGGUGCGCUGAUGUUGCUUGUGAUGUUAAUGAUCUCUUACAAUGAUUACUAAUAGAGGCUCAUUGUAGGUCCAUCACUGCCAAGGUUUGGAAGCCAACAGUGUACCCACUGCCAUGCAUACAAGUGAAACUAAUGUUAAUUAAUAUUAAUUUAUUUUGCUGGACCAUGGUGUGAGAAGGCGUGUGUUCCUUAUACUCAGGGUUGUGGUAUGUGUGUACUCUCAUACUCAGAAAAUUUAUUAAUAUGUAUAUCAAUUAUUUGAAGCCUGAUCAUGAGAGCAUGAGAGCACAGACAAUGACAUCAAUUAGCCCUGUGGUACAGUGUGUAGAAUAAAUGUGACAUGAAGAGAAA